CUCUCCACGUUGGCUUAGCGAACUACUUGAAAUGUAAAAAUGUUUGAGCCCGAGCUGGAACGGAGAACUUGCGGCAACUUUGAAGGCUCACAUAAUUAUGCACCUUGCGCCGCCAUGCACCCUGGCCCUCGUCUACGUACUGCUAAUCUCUGCCACAGCCAUCGAGAGCUACCAGCUGCCAGGGCAACGUCAACAGCGGCGGCCACGUCAGCAGUGUCAGCAAAGGAAGAUGAACAAAGAUAUGGGGAAAUGUGACGGUAAUUCGCUAAUGGGCCUGGGGGGUAGAAACUCGAAAAAAACUUCCACCAACAUUGCCCAGAAGGCUGCCGAGGAGGCCAAACAGGCCUCCGACACGCAGCAGUCAGCGGCGGCGGCUGCUGCUCAUCAGGUCAAGAACGAAUUCGCAGACCGGGCAAAAUCUGCAGCCAAUGCGGCGGAGGCAGCACUAGCGGGCAAGCAGCAGAUCGUCGAGCAACUAGAGCUGGAGGUGCAGGAGGCCCAGGGCGUUGUCCAGGAGGAGAGCGCCUCUCUCGUAAGCUCGGAGGACAAUGUCCAAGCUGCCGUCACUUCGCUCAAGCAAGCACAGAUGCUCCUGCAAGCCCUUCUCGCCGUCAUCAAGAUUGCCGAGGGGAAUAUCGGACACGCAGAGGCAGCGGCCGAAGGAGCCAGACAGGAGCUGGCCGAGAGGAAUCAGCUCGUUGACGCCGCUCGCGGCCGGGUAGAGAUGCUGCUCAAGCAAUUGCAGUGCGCCCAGACUGACUACAAAAACACCAAGAAGGCGGCCAACAAGGCUGCCUGUGCCGCGGCCGAGGCCAAAGAGAAGGCGGCCAGAGAUCGACGAUCAUAUGGGAGGGGAUACCGUUCUCGGCUGAGGCAAGAGCAGCAGCAGGAAGAGAAGGAUUGGUAACAGAGCAAACAGCGUUAUAUUUUAUAAUUAUUGUUUUUAAUUAAAGUUUUUUGUUUGAUUUUUAUGAACUUAAA